CAUGUGACGUUGUUAUGUUCUUGGCAGGCAGCUGCACUGCGCGAGACUUUCUCUUCAGUCUAGUUCCGUGACAUAGGACUAUCUUUAAAAGUUUUACUCAUAUUCGUUUUGAAUAUGAGUUGAAUAUGAGUUCGUUUUGAUAGCCACCAACUUGACUUCGUCGCCAAAUGGAGAAAGUGACAUUCUUUCUUCUUCUUUGCUGUCAUGUCGUAUCUCCCGUGACGCACUCCUUGUGGCAUGUGUACACGGUGACCACCGGCAUCGCCAACCUUCCCGACAUGGUGGCGGUGGUGGUCGUUGACGGGAUCACCACGGAUCACUACGACAGCCUCACCAAGACGGCCGUGCCCAGAGAAGCUUGGAUGAACCGCAUCACCCAGUUGGACCCCGAUUACUGGAAGACGCAAACAUCCUUCUGGGAAGGCCAAGACCACUUUGGGAAAAUCAACAUUGACAUUCUUGGGAAACGCUUCAACCGCACUCAAGGCGUGCAUGUGUUCCAGGUGUUGCACGGCUGCGAGUACGACGACCAGACGCGCACCUUCAGAGGUUUCAAUUAUCACAGUUACGACGGAGACGACACGUUGUUCCUGGACAUGAACGAGCGGCGUUGGAUCUCCUUGAAGCCUCAGAUGGACGUCACCCAGAGGAAGUGGAACGACAACACGGGUUGGAUGGAGUUCAUGGAGCACCGCCUGCUGGACGACUGUCCUCGACGCCUCAACAACACGCUGGAAUGCGGAAAAAGUGUCCUGCAGAGAAUCGAGCGCCCCAUGGUGUCCCUGCUGCAGACCAGGCCUUCGGCAGUGGUCACGUGCCACGCCACCGGAUUCUACCCCGACAUAGCUGACAUGUUCUGGAGCAGAGACGGGAAGCAGAUUUACGAGCUCGUGGAGCACGGCGAGCUCCUCCCCAACCACGACCACACCUUCCAGCUCAGCGUGACCUUGGAGGUGAACACGCUGCCGCCCCACGACUGGCACAGAUACGCCUGCGUCUUCCGGCUGUCCGGGCUCCAGGAGGACAUCGUCGUCCCGUUGAACGCGUCCAAGAUCAUGACCAACUACGUGAAGCCUCUCAACAUCGCCAUCCCCGUGGCCACGCUCGUCGCCGCCAUCAUCGUGGCAACAGCGGCGGCCAUCGGCAUCUACAUUUGUAAGAAGAAACGAGCUCACAAGACCCAAGGUGGAAGUGACGAGGACGUCCAACAGAUGGAGACGCUGCAAGGAUGCAGACCCUGAGGACACGUCUUAGCGGACAAAGAGACAGGAAGAAGACGUUUCUCUCGGCUGGUGUGGUGUGGUGUGGCGAGUCGUACGUGUGGAACCUUCAAUCCCUGACACGAGCUGACGGCUCAGCUUUUAGCUCCUUGCCUAACUCUUGAAGUAACUGUUAUGUGGCACGCCAUGUAGUUGAAGGAAAAGAAGAGGCACAGAGCCAAUCAGGUUUGGUGUAGUCUUCAGGAAUCUAUUUUAAAGUCAAGUACUUUCCAAUGUCAAGUGUGGAAUGAAUAUGCUUGGAUAUGAAUGGAGUCCAUGCCAACAGCCUUGGCGCUACAUACUUCCAUAGAAUAUGGAGCGUCAUCAGGAAUAUAAAAGAUUAACCAGGUUAUUUGGACCGUACCAUUCACAGGCAAACCUGUACGGCCACCUUUGUGCCUUUUUACUGUCUUUUCCCUUUGCAGAUGUCAUUGACAUGUAGCUGAUUUCGUCAUGUAUUUAGUAAACGUGGCCUUAAUUACACCAAUUAUUAAGGCCAUUACAAAGUUCGAAACAAACUGGUGCUCGAUCGCAUCAGAACCGAGUAAGUAAAUCCAGUAAGUAUUAAUUGUGGUGGAUUGAGCCUCCCUUCAAGAACCAGCCCAAAUCCGGCCACACAUCACAAACUCUGUACGUUCUUUCAUUAACGUCAUACUUUGCCCAUCAUUAUCAGUCGUUAAACCUCAACGGGGACACUUGGAUCCGGAAUUACGUUAGAUACCGUAACAUUGAGGAGGCACAAAGUCCAAAUUGAUUAAAACGCGACUGCGUCAACCUAGCUAGUAGCGGAUGUCUUGCAUGACUCUUCAAAAUAAGAGAAGCAUGUUGGCAUUCAUUCCUAGAAAUGGUACAACGCUGUGUCGCAGUGGAUAUUUUACAGGCAACUGUAAUACAAAUUGAAGGGGAGGGUAGAAGAUAACAUCCGGUCCAACUGUUGCUGGAAACAUCUCCACCGGGUUCUAUCACCCGUGUGCACUGUUUGUCCUAGAAGUAAACAUUGUCACGUCGAUUGUGAUGCUUUUAAUUUGAAGAUCCAACGCUAACAUCGGGUACUAGCGGACGACUGCGUUUUAAUCACACUUUGGACUUUGUGCCGCCUAAACGUCAUCGUGUCUAAUCUAAUUCUGGAUCAAGUUGUCACCAUUGUGGUUUAGUACCCAUAACCAUCUUAGCUAAAGGUUGUUGUUGGAUUGCUGAUGUUGGAAUUCAAUAAAAAAAUCCUGUUUAUA